AUGUAAUGCAUUAUCUGGUGUCAUUGAUUAUCUGGUGUCAUUAGUGACAGGUCACGUGACGGCCCCCCGGGGGGGAGACACCUGUGGGCGCAGCAGGUUAUGCAGGAGCCUCCUCCUCCCCAUUCCUCCAUCCUGUACAUAGACACUCAGGGAGGAGGACCCAGGACCAGCCCUUCUUCCCCCGCUGUCAUGUACAGCAGCAGCAUCCUGCAUCCUGCCCGUGACUUCUCUCUGCCCGGGGAAGUUGCAGUCUGUGUGCAGUCAUCACUGGAGUAACUCUUACCUCCCCCCCCCCCCCCCGGAUUGGGGGUAAUAGUAGUGUCCCGGGUGCAUCUUGAUGUGAAGAUAGGAGGACCCCAUUGCAUUUAGAGGGGGGGAAGGAGGUGGGAGGAUUUGGGAUUAUUUCUUCGCUCCCAGAUGCGCUCGUUGCUGGACAGUAAGAAGAAGAGCGGAGCGGGGCUGGAUGUUGCUUUGGGGCUGGUUCCCCGGCAGCAGCCUCAGCCCAGGAUGUUCAGCUGUGUGUCCUGCUUCUGGGUGCUGCUCUCCGCCUGCCUGGUGGCCGUCUGCAGCUUCAGCUUCCUCUCCCCGGCUUGGAUAGUGAAAUCAGGCGAGCAGGAGAAGCAGGAGCCGCUGAGCUUCGGGCUGCUGUGGCAUUGCUCGGACAGCAUGGAAAUCAUGGCCGGAGGAUGCUACACCUUCGGGGGAUUGGGGAAAUUCAAUGACAUCCCGUCCAGCUCCUGGCAGACCAGCGCUGUGCUCUGCUGUGGAGGUUGUGCUCUCCUGGUUAUGAGCUGUCUGCUCGCCAUUGUGACCUUGUUUCUUCCAAGCGGCUUGUGUGAAAGACGACUAUGUACGCUCGCGGGAUACAUGCAGACGGCAGCAGUUUUCAUCAUGGCAUCGGGACUCUUGGUCUAUCCUUUUGGCCUCAACUCUGCUACUGUGAAAAAGUACUGUGAGAAGUCAAGUAUAUACUAUGCAGGAGACUGUCAAAUUGGAUGGGGCUAUAUGCUUGCAAUUGUUGGGGUCAUGUUAUCUGUGUUUUUGCCAUUCUUUGCUAAAUAUGCACCAAAAGAACACAUAUCCCCAACCCCAGUUCCUACUAUUUUAUAGUAUUGUAUUUUUGCAAACAAAAAGAAAGUUCCUGUCUACAUAUGAUGGAUAGACAAAGGUAUUAGAGCACUACUCUACAGCUGAGCAGCUUAACAUAUAGAUCGGAUUGAUAUUGCAUUGAUCGUCUUCCUGAAGCAUGAUAAAAUAUUACCUUGGGAUUAAGUAACAUUCUGUCACACUGAUUUUCUUUGUUUUCCCACUCCUUCUCUUAAUGUAUGCUGUUACUUUCAUGAUGGCUACCUCCCAAUCAGCACAUGUCCAGUUGUCAAAAAUUCUGUGCUGGAAGUGAUAUAUUGGAGACCAUGUUAUUUCAUGGCAUCUUUUCUAUGUCUAUUAAUAUGUCUUUCUACAGUCAUAAUACAGAAGUUUAACUGAAGUAGAUAUCCAAAUAAAAUUCCUUUAUUUUGUAUACAUUUCAUAUGAUAUUCCUGAUUGUGAUGUGAAACAUGAACCUCAAUGAUAUCUUUCUUGUAAUUGCAGUAUUGGUUAAUGGCAUACUAGUGGUAGAAUUGUUUGAUGAACAUUUAAUUUUCAAUAAACAGCAGUUCCUUUAUUUUGACAUCAAUAAUCUAGAAUGUCUCUAGAGUUCAGCUCUGGUACAGUGAUAACAUAAUAUUUUAUUCUAGCUUUUCAUUCAGUUAGUUUUCCUUAAAAGGGUUGUCACCCGAUCCCGGGUAUGGAGGUUGCUGAACUCGGUAAUGUGCUGCAACCCCACAGUGAAUGACCAGAGCACCGACCGCUCACAUGUGUCGCUCUCCCUUUAUUCCAGGGACAAUUUUGUCCUCGUUCUUAGGAUCAGUGGGGUUUCUGAAGAGACCCCCCACAGAUCAACUUGUUAUCCCUUAUCCUUUAAAUAAGUAAUAACAUCUUCAGAUGGCCUCCCUGCCAUCCACCUCUAUGACACAUAGGGUUCCCUUAUAGGGUAAACCAACAAUGUCUUAAAUGGCUAUGAACUAUUUUGCAUUGAUUUUCUUUAUAUUGUUCCCUUUCUUAAUAAAUUAGGCAAGUGUCUUAAUAGUUGUAAUUAAAAAUCUCCAACUACUACUGCUGGACAGUCUGUGCAACUCCUUUACAAGGCUGGCUGUGCUGCUGCUUCUAACAUCAAAAAGAAAGCACACUGCUCUUGUCUGCUGUUAGCACGGGGCUGACUUGUACUUUUCCCCUUUAUUUUUCUCAUAUUUUGAGAAAAUAUCCAGCACAACUACCUAAUACACGGGUGUACGCUGCUGUGGCAAAUACAAAGUAGAAGGUUGCAGAAGCACUCUUGGUCAGAUAAUAAAGGCUCUUAGCACACUUUUUGAAAUGUGAAGGUAAACGUGUCCCCCAUCCACCAAGCAGAGAUGGCCUCACUUCAGAUGGGACCCUAACACGAUCUUUCACUCACCUCUGCUGGGCAUAUAGCCUUUGACUGGGUGACAUCCAGGAUCCACUAGGGUCCCAUCCGAAGCAAGGCCACCUCUGCGUAACAUAUCCUCCUGUACCUCCUGCUACAGGGCUGAAUUGUACCUGUACAUUUUCAUUAAAUAAAUUAAUCAUAUCCAGAAGAAGUCUUAAUAUCCUAGGCUUUCAUACUGAGUACAGGCGCCACGCUAUGCAGUUACUAUUAUAAUGAAUAGGGGUUUUGCAGCAGAGCCUUGGAAACUUUGUCACCACUAUGUCUACAUCUUUCCUGUAAGCUAUGUGGCCGUCUGCCAGUCCAUGCUGCAAUGUCUUGUUGGGCAAGCAUUUAAUAGAAAUGAUUUAUUUAAUAAAAAUGUUUAAUUACAUAAAUUAAGCUCUUGCAGAAAGUUUUUUUUUACAGUUUUCCAUUCACAUAAAUGACCCCUCUGUUUAAAGCCUGUAUAGAAGCACCAGCCCUUAAGUGUUAUUAUUUGAGCACUCCUCAAUUCCAAUAAUAAUAUAAAUAUACAAGGAAACAGCUUAUGACAUAAAUCAAGGUGGUCAUAUGUAUUUGGGAAAAAAGUUACAACACAGACACAAGGGAAUACACCCUAAUCGAUAAUUCCACUUUUGAUUAACACUGGUAAUACAAUUAGCCAAUAAGAAAAUCUAUUUUUAUUGCCAGCUUGAUUUAAUUUAGCUUCCACAGCCAAAACUUAAGACCCCAGGACACCGCUUACUUACAGUAUAUCACCAUGUAAUAAAUAAUCAUACACAGCAAAUACUACGGUGAAAGAAACAGUUAUUAAAAGUUAUAUUCGUUAAAAUAAAUAGCUCUGCUUGGACCGGCCGAUGAACCUUGCGGUGCGUAACCUGAGCAGAUACAUUUAAUCUUCCCACAAUUCUGCAGAGUUGCUUAUUUAACUUGGAUCAUCGGUUCUCUACAAUUAUAUAAAUAGGAGAAAUAAGCUGAGCAAGGUUAGUGCUUCCAUUUAGUCUGCUCCACACAUAAGAUAGCUGUCAGCUGAAUGCUCAGUCAUCCCCGACAUAGUCAUGAGUAUACUUUUUUUCUCAAUAUGGGAAGAAAGAAAGGAGCAUAGUGAAAUCUGUCUUGUGUCCCCAUUGUUAAAUUGCAAUGUUCAGUUGACAUUAAUUUAAAAAAUAAUGCAUGGCUAGCAUGUGUGAUCAACCAAUAGAUAAUGCUUGGGGACUGCAAAUACUUAGCUCUUAAAGGGUCCUGUACUGUGGCUGUCACAUGUGGACAAAGCCACAUUCACCUGGUGGCCAAUAGCUGCACAAUUUGGCUGGCAAUACUUGAGAAAGACUUCAUUAUGAAGUUGAAACGUUGCAUCUAUCUGUUGGAUGGGUGAAUAAACACUUGGUUUGCUUCACUAUCCUAUUUGGAGUGCCAUCUUCCAUUGCUGUAUUUGGCUGGCAAUACUGGUAUUUUCAUCAAAAUCAUGUGGUCACUGACCACCACAGGUGGGCAUGGUAUCUGUAAUGUGGGAUUGUAUCCUCACUUAUUUAUGGGCAGUUCUACAGAAGUCUAUAUUAGAUUGAGCCAUGACUGAGGACUGCCAGGGGUAUAUCACUACCCGUACAAUAGUAAACAUCGACCAAAAGUAUACUGAUGUAUACUACCGUGUACUCGGAAUCCAUGAAUUUCAAUAGACGGAAUGUUGUCUAAUGCCACGUACAUAAACCAUUUUUAGGCUCAUUUUUAACCUUAAGAAAUGGUUGUUUUACUAGCAAGAAAAGUCUGAAAAUUUCUGACAUUUUAAGCCUGUUUUUUACCCCUUUUUUUAAAGUGUACCUGUCGUCAACACAAACGUUUUAUAUAAUGUAGAUAAUACUAUUAUAAGUAUAUGUUUGUCCCUGCAGCUAAUGCCUGUGUGUCUCUAUGAGGAGUCCAAAUACAGGAAGUGAGGGUGGACAAGCAGGGCUCUGUGCAGUGAGGACAAGCAGGGAUCUGUGCAGUGAGGACAAGCAGGGAUUUGUGCAGUGAGGACAAGCAGGGCUCUGUGCAGUGAGGACAAGCAGGGAUUUGUGGAGUGAGGACAAGCAGGGCUCUGUACACUGAGGACAAGCAGGGAUCUGUUCAACGAGGACAAGCAGGGCUCUGUACACUGUGGACAAGCAGGGAUCUGUGCAGUGAGGACAAGCAGGGCUCUGUACACUGAGGACAAGCAGGGAUCUGUGCAGUGAGGACAAGCAGGGCUCUGUAUACUGAGGACAAGCAGGGAUCUGUGCAGUGAGGACAAGCAGGGCUCUGUGCAGUGAGGCUCUGUGACAUGCUAUAGGCUCACACAUCAGGAGGAUUGACAAGCCAGGAGCCUGCACAGAUCCCUUCUUGUCCUGUCCCACUUCCUGUGUUUGGACAAACAUGCAAUAGCUGCAGAGACAGCAUUUUUUCAACCAAAAAUAUACACACUUUUUUAACCAAUGUAUAUUACAAAUAUACUUAUAAUGUUAUUAUCUACAUUAUAUUAAAAGUUUUUGUUGACGACACGUACACUUUAAACUUUAAUUGUUGACUUUUCUUCUUCUUUUAGGCUACAACCGUUUUUUAAAAAUUAGACUUUAAAAAAAAAUAUUUUAUUAGCCAUGAAAAAGUUCCUGACACUUAACUUCAUAACAAUUGUUGGAUGUAAACUAAACAUAUGGCAAAUAAAUUCAUUUAGUAAAAAAAAAUAUGAACUUUUGGGUGUUGAGACAUAUAACGUUUUUCUAUGGACCAAUUGUAGUAAUUUUUGGACUACGUUGGUCCUUUGAAAUUAGUUAUCUGGCAUGGGUUCACUGACGUAUACAAUUGCAUGGGUGGUUGCAGCUGUGUUGUAGCCUAAUUCCCAUCUACACUGGGUAAAGUUACAAGAAUUAAACUCUCAAUUAAAAGACAUAUAAAUGUUAAAUAUUAAAUUAGCUUUCUCGUGGAUGGAAAUAAUGCCUCACUGACUAUCUCCAGCCUUUUUGUGGCCACUGGAGGUGGCUGGGAAGCCAAAAAUUAGGCGAUUCAAGCUGUAAAUUCCCAUUGACAUUAGUGGGAGGCUUACAUAGCACCAGGAUAAUGAUGUUUAUAAGGCUUUGCCAUUUAUAUAACUCCCAUUAAUGUCAAUGCAAGUUAAACAAAAUGGGUAACAUUCAGCUGACAUUACAUUGAGGCCCAACAUUAUGGGUUGUUCACAUGCAUCCAAAAUACAUCUCUACUCUUUCACAUAUGUAAAUUGCUUGAUGGUGUUUGAAUAUAUGGAACAUUGCAAAUACCACAAUACAUGAUGUCUGUAAAAUGUGAAACAUUGGUAAAAUAUAACUACACUACAAAUAUUUAUUUAGUACUUUAUUCACCUUUGCCUGCAAAUGUCUUGCAUAAUAUGUUCUGCUGUAUGUGAUAUCUUAUACAAAUCAAUAACAUUCACUUACACCCUUAGGCAGAUUCAUAUGUUUGACACCACAUGUCUUAGCAGCACUUCACCCCCUUAAGUCAUUUAUAUGUAUUAUUCAUUUAAAAGUUCUCACAAUACAGAACUUGUUUCCGUUUAGAAAAGAUAUGCAAACAAUAUAUAAAGUAAUGUUCUGACUUCCCAAACAUGAGCCAUAGUGCAGAGCCUCCAAUAUAUUAAGCCAAAGCCUCUUUACCAUAAGGUAAUUAUAUGUAGAUUGAAGACCUGUAUUUUGUUCAUUGAUAAAAUGUUCUUACCUGUCAAGAACAUUGGCAGGGCUAAGAAAUCCGUCCAUUUAUCUACAUAUAAGUCUAUGCUGAGAAAUGGAUGAAACUCUCAGCUGGCCGGGGAGUAGAAUGCCGCCCAAUUCCCCAGCUAAUAACUCACAAUUGCAGCAGGUCUCAGGAGAGAGACCCAGUGUGAGCAACAACUUCUAACAUCUCAAAAUGUUUUUAAAUGACAUGAACAUUUUAAGUUAUUUAUUUUUGCCCCAAAAGAAUGUAAACAACUGCACAUCGGCACUAUUUGAUGCACUCUAUGCAUGUGCUUUUUCUUCUUUUAUCAAAACACUUCAUCAAGUUGCACUUUAAAGGGGUACUCCGCUGCUCAGCGUUUGGAACAAACUGUUCCGAAUGCUGGAGUCGGGAGCUCGUGACAUCAUAGC